AUGACUAGCUGUGGCUUUAACGUACAUCAUGCUGGAAUAGAUGCUGAGCAAGGAUACUACAAACCUUUAACUAACAGAGAAGACACAAAUAUACUGAGAAAAGCCUUAAAUCCGCAGGAAAGAUGCAACGUUUCACAAGCAGCAGAUCUCAUUUUGAUUUUUCAUAUGCAUAUGAAUUCUGGAGCUUUUAUGCUUACUGACCCCAUAUAUUGGUGCCUUAUUUUCCCAUUUCUUACCAUUGAAGAUUAUACAUUGAAUUUCAUGACUGUGAACUUGCAUACACUCAAUGUCAUCCUACUUCUCGGUGACACAGCCCUGAAUAGUUCGCGGCUCCCUUGGUUUCGAAUUUCGUACUUCAUCUUAUGGACGGGUGCUCUUGUCAUUUUCCACUGGAUCCUUCAUGCUUGUGUCUCGAUAUUUUGGCCAUAUCCAUUUCUUGAUUUGUCAUCACCGAAUGCUCCGUUAUGGUAUGGUUUGCUGGCAAUCAUGCAUAUACCGUGCUACGGCAUUUUUGCUUUGAUCUUAAAGACCAAGCAUUACCUGUUGUCGAAAUGGUUCCCCCAGUCGUACUUGCAUUUAAAAUGAACAAUGUCGAAACGCCGAUGGACUCUGCCGAAGUUGCUCAGCAGAUCCAAGCAAUUGGUAAGCACAUGUUUUGCCAUCAAAUUUUACAUUGAUAUUAUAAAGAGAAUGCAAGGCACUAGUAAUGAAGAGUAGACAUAGCCUUCCACAAGGCAUGGAUCAAACAUUGAAUGAAACAAGG